GUGUGAAAACAGAAUUAGAAUAGUUGUUGUGUGGGUUUUGAUUUCACUAUAUUUUUCUGGCUGUUGUAGCAAUCAGUUUGGUUCUGUCCGGUUUCUUGUUGGUUCUAAAGUCAUAUCAGAUUUCAUUAUUUUGUACUGGCUUGCAGAUAACUGAGGGCUAUAGAGUUUGUAUUGUAAUUUGUUGAGUUUAUUGAUCACAUUGGUAUUUCUAUUUGUACCGGAGUAAUUGUUACCGAGAAUAGAGACUAGAAGAAAUUAUAUCUAUAUACUAAUCUACUUUAGACAACAAGAUAUACUAGUAGUUAUCUAAGGUAUAGGAAUCUUCUAGUAGCUAUCCUAGUAAGGAUGAGACGGUUGCCUUGGAAGCUCCGUUCCUGCAAAGGUAAGACAAAAAUGUUGUGAUGGUGCAAGUCUUAGGUGUGUGGGUUUACUUCUUGGUGCGUCUCUUUUUAGUUAUAGGUGGAUGAUUCUCAGUUAGAUGACUGACACUUAACUCUUUGCUUCCAUUAGUUGAAAGGGAACUUAUAACUAAAUGUGUAUGUCUCUUCUCUAAUAAUCCAACAUUUCAAGGACCACCUAUUUCAACAACAUUUAAUGAAUAAGGUAAAACAUUUUGAGUUAGGAUUGACUAAAAUUAUUUAUACUAAUGAUGUCAUCCGGGUAUGGUAGAGUGCGUGUGUGACUUGUAGACUUGUAGUUUAGAACUUGUCAAACAAAUUUUUGUUUGUGCAAGUAGUAUAACUUGUCGACAAGAUAUCAUUUUUGUAUGUGGUAUCAAGACUAUAACGCAUGGCCAUGUCCCCUGAGGCGAAGCGUUUCUUAGUACAAUUCGUAUGUUACAGAGAAGCCUGUUUGAAGUAGUAAGAAGAAAGUAACUGAAAAUUUUCAUUAAUCUCUUAUUUAAACCCCUUUUACCUUAACGACUCCGGCCAGAGAUAAAGCCGGUGAGUAGAAUAUCAAAAAAAAUGUAUUAAAGAAAUGAAAGGGAAUAACGUGUUCUUGGAUUAGUCUAUUAAACAGUAAGCAAGGAAGAGGCUGAAAACAAGAUUAAGAAAAGAAUAAAUAAAAACGUCUCUGGGUUGGUAAGCGGCAAAAUCCAGCUGCCAAUGCCUAUUUGACUUCCUCAUUAGUUCAUGCGGAGCUCAACUUCUUCUUCUUCCUCUCUCUCUCUCUCCAAAACUUACUUUAAAGCUCUCUCUCUCUCUCUCAAUAAUGAACAUGAGCAACCUCAUCACAACAUGAAUAACUCUACACCAGUGAGGCGGCUGGUUUCAUCAAAGGCAAUGAAAUGUUUCUACUUCAGCAAAGAUAAACCUCAGGAUGGAGCAGCUAAGACUAGAAAUUUUGAUUCAUUGCAAGGAUCAGGGUCUGAGUUUAACUCAAGUACAAGUACUACAACUUCCAUCACUUCUUCCUUGCACGUUCUCUCAGAGACACACAGUAACAAUCUCAAAGUCUUUGCCCUCGAUGACCUCAAAACCGCUACCAAGAACUUCAGCCGGUCCUUGAUGAUCGGUGAAGGUGGAUUUGGUGGUGUGUUUCGUGGCAUCAUUCAGAACCCUCAAGAUUCUCGUAAGAAGAUUGAUAUAGCUGUUAAACAACUCAGUAGAAGAGGUCUUCAGGGGCAUAAAGAAUGGGUGACAGAAGUAAACGUGUUGGGGGUAGUGGAGCAUCCAAAUCUGGUGAAGCUGAUAGGUUACUGCGCUGAGGAUGAUGAGAGAGGGAUCCAACGGCUACUAGUUUAUGAAUACGUACCAAACAGAAGCGUUCAAGACCAUUUAUCAAAUCGUUUUAUAGUCACUCCUCUUCCUUGGUCCACAAGAAUGAAGAUUGCUCAAGACACUGCUCGAGGGCUAGCUUAUCUUCAUCAAGGCAUGGAGUUUCAGGUCUCUUUCUCCUCCUUAACAUGGUCACAUAUUAAUAGCUUUAAACUAUUAUUUUAUAUGUUCUUGAAAUGUAUGUUCAUGCAGAUCAUAUUUAGGGACUUCAAAUCUUCCAAUAUUCUUCUUGAUGAGAACUGGAACGCAAAGCUCUCUGACUUUGGACUGGCUCGUAUGGGUCCUUCCAAGGGAGUCACUCAUGUCUCCACCGCGGUUGUAGGAACCAUUGGUUAUGCAGCACCUGAGUACAUCCAAACAGGACACCUCACAGCCAAAAGCGAUGUGUGGAGCUACGGAAUCUUUCUGUAUGAGCUCAUCACAGGGAGACGUCCCUUCGAUAGGAACCGCCCAAGAAACGAGCAGAACAUCUUGGAGUGGAUAAGACCUCACUUGACUGAUAUCAAGAAGUUCAAGAUGAUCAUUGACCCAAGACUUGAAGGAAACUACUACCUCAAGUCGGCUUUGAAGCUGGCUGCUGUUGCCAACAGGUGUUUGAUGGUGAAAGCAAAGUCAAGGCCAACGAUGGGUGAGGUUUCAGAGAUGUUAGAAAGGAUAGUGGAGACUUCAGACGAGGUAUCUCCAGCUUUGCCGUUGGUGAAAAGCUUGACGCCUAAAGAUGCGUUUGAGGCGUCAAGGAGAGAGAGAGUUAAGAAAAGAUUUGUUGAACUUGUAACUGGGGUAAAUGGUUGUCCUAAUCUGCCUACUUGGUCUCCUAAACUUGUCACUUCUCUUUGAUUUUUGAGACAGAACAUAAACAAACCAAACAAAAAAAGAACUCAGCGUUUGUGUUUGUGUUAUGAAAAUAUUAUUGUCAUUGUUAUAAAAUAUUAACAAGCUUUAAAUUAGGGUUUUA